GAGGGGGAGUAUCCACACUCGGGGUUAGAAUUAAGUAUCACUUUGACAAAUAACAACACAUUGUGUACAGUACAAGUUUCAUUUGUCUGUCACUUCAUUGACUCGACCAACCUGUAUAGUUAAACAGUGAGCGACGCGAUGUCUGACAGCACUUUGUGGAUUAACAGAUCGCUGCUAGAUAAUAUACAAAACUAGCCUGCCGAAAAACCUUCUUUUUUGUUGUUGUUGAAAGGAACUUUAGUCUCUGAUAAAAAAUGAGCAAAACAUAUCAAUCAACAAACGUGUCUGAGGUGGAGGACCACAUUUCUCUCAAGUAUGAAAUCAAGAAGAGACUUGGAAAAGGGGCUUAUGGCAUUGUAUGGAAAGCUGUUGACAGGCAGACAGGCGAGAUCGUGGCUGUGAAGAAGAUCUUUGACGCCUUCAGGAACAGGACGGAUGCCCAGCGGACAUUUCGGGAAAUCAUGUUCCUCCAGGAGUUUGGAGAUCAUCCCAACAUUGUCCAACUUCUAAACGUCAUCAGAGCUCAAAAUGAUAAAGACAUUUACCUUAUCUUUGAGUAUAUGGAUACCGACCUGCAUGCAGUGAUAAAGAAAGGCACCCUUCUGAAGGACAUCCACAAACGUUAUGUGAUGUACCAGCUCUUCAAAGCCAUCAAAUACCUACACUCAGGAAAUGUCAUCCACAGGGACCAUAAGCCAUCCAACGUGUUGCUGGACACCGACUGUGUAGUCAAGCUGUGUGAUUUCGGCUUGGCCAGAUCGCUCAAUCAGAUCCAAGAGGACAGUGGGAAUCCAGCACUGACGGAGUAUGUGGCGACGCGGUGGUACCGAGCUCCUGAGAUCCUGCUGGGGUCCACAAGGUACACUAAAGGUGUGGACAUGUGGAGCCUCGGCUGUAUCCUGGGAGAAAUGCUGCUGGGGAAAGCCCUGUUCCCCGGGACGUCCACCAUCAACCAGAUAGAGAAGAUCAUGAGCACCAUACCACACCCCAGCCCAGAAGAUAUUCUAGCAAUCAAGUCUGAAUAUGGAUCUGCUGUGAUUCAGAAAAUGUUACUAAAACCACAGGUGCCUUUAGAGCACCUUCUCCAGGCGUCUGUGCCUUCAGAUGCUCUGGACCUGUUGAGAGCUUUGCUGGUUUUUAACCCAGACAAGCGACUGACUGCUGAGCAAGCCCUGCAACACCCAUAUGUAGCCAGGUUUCAUAAUCCAGCCAAGGAGCCAGCUUUUAACUACGAUGUAGUGCUGCCAGUGGAUGAUGAUGUACAACUAUCUGUGGUUCAGUACCGCAACAAACUUUACGAGAUGAUGCUGGAGAGGAGAACUAAUCAGGGGAUGCUAAGGCUGAUCCAGCCAAAGAACGGAGGCUCUGUCAGAAGCAUUGAGAAGCCCAACGUGAAGGAUAAAGUAGAGAAGGACCUUGUAAAAUCGUGUGGGGACAAUGACCAUAAGGAGGAAACACAACAUGUAAAGACUGAUGAGUCAAACCAUGAGCCUUUACAAAAAGCCACUCCUGAACCUGCACCUGUAUCAGCCCCUCCUGCUGUGGAGAAGACGAGUCCCUUAUCGAGUCCUGCCGGUUUGGGAAAACUCACCUACAACCCCAUCACACAUGCCCCAAAUGGUUUUGUCCGGAGUCCGGAUGAUCCUCCUCAUUACGGCUUGUCCACUGCAGCAGGCAGGAGACUUGUGGGACAGAGUAAUGGAAGUGCAACAACAUCACCAGCAGAGGGCGCCAACACUGAUGAAUCCAUGGAUCAGAUUCUCCAGCGUGGUCGCUCCGCCCCUGUGGCCCACGCCCGCUCCUUCUCCUUGACCCUUAACCAAACCCAGAACAACCCGCUGGUUCGCAAGGAUGAGCCAUCCCUGCCCUCUGGGCUGUACGUCACUUCUGCACGCCUGAACCAGCGCUCCAACCCUCAGGUUCGUGAGGCUCGGCCCCCAACACGCUUCAGCAAGAAAGUAUUUCAGAGUAACUGUAAUGUGGCCGCAGCAGGCGACCCUCGAGCCAAGCUGGGCAGCUAUUCCCAGGCCUAUGGCACAAUCAACAAGACUGACCUGGACAAUCUGCUUCGAAGUCGCCCGUGCAACCAGUAGCUGCUGCCAUGUCAGCCGUCACUUAUGUGCCCAAUGUUUGAACGCACAUCAAUAUUUGCCCUGCAGUAGAAUGUUAGGCCUGACGCAAACUAAAACAAGGCUUGUGAAAAGAAACUGUGAAGACUGUUAAACUGUUUGUAUGAUAUGUAGAUGUUAUUCUUUGGAGAUGUGUGUGUGUCAUGUUCCAAAUGCUGUCUGUGACAAAUAAUACAAAUUUGUAAAAGUUCAUAUUAUGUUUAUCAAUUUGAACUAGCAUGUCAGGAAAAUAUGUGUUAUGUAUAUUCAACAAGUGUAACACAGCAUCAUUCUACACAAGGCUGGAUUACCAACCAGACAAACCCAAGACCUUAUAAUUCAGACAUUUCUUUGGUAAUAUGCACCUUUUUUAGAACAUAAUCCGUUUAAAUGUUUACUUGUGCAAAGAGAAUGUGUGUCAAUAUUGACAUGUUAAAUGUGUUUGAACUAAUUAUCACAAACACAGGGUCAAUAAGGCCUCGCACAUACUGUACUUCUUGCCCAUGCAGGGGCCCACUAAAAGGGUCAAACAAGCCAUAAUUUGUCAUACGUAGCCUUAAUGUUUCAUGCACAUUGUGAUUUGGUUUUAGACGAAAACAGAACAACUGUAAUAUUUGCAAAUAGCUAUUUAAAUUGGUAAUACAAAAUAUUAUUUUAAUGUGAAUUCAGAAGCAAUACUUGUUCAUAUGUGUACAGAAAGUAAAAGAUGUGUGUUUCUGAACCCAAUUUCUAAUGUUUAACAGGCUUGGGGUACUGUGGCAGCAAACCACCAUAAAGUUUAAUAAUAAACAGAGUGGAAAUACUCA